AUGGUCCAUCAAUGUCAUUCAGCAGCACCAGUACGACGACGUCAACACCGACCCAACCACAGACCCAACCACAGAGUAUACCCAAUGCACCCCGGCACACUGGUAAGACAUGAUGUUCAGAGUGAAAGUUGUAAUUGUACAUUUUCCUAACUUUUAAUUCACAGCAAACUGUGAACUCACUCAAAAUGCUUCUAUGUAGUUUGUUUGCAUAAUUAAAUCCAUAACCAUAAUUGUACAUUGUCUGUAUAUACUGCUAUUUAAAUUUCAUUGUGUUUUGAGCUUAUUUUAAGUAUAUUGUGUUUAUUUUAAUUUGUGCUUAUACUGUUCUUAUGUGUUACAUCUUUUCUUUAUUUAUGUUAUGUUAGAUAAUAUAUAUAUCCACCUGUUUUUUGUACCAAUUGCUAAAAAAAAAAAAAACACUAUUCUGGUCUUUUGUAUAUUCCAGGUGAUAGGAGAUGGUUUCAGCUGGAUUUGCGCACAGUUAUGGAGGAUAUGCGGGCAGCAGAGUAAAGGCAGCAUGAAAGGAUGGAGAACCUUUGAGCGGUGGCUUCAGACACUGCGUCAGGAUGCCCAGGAAGUGAGGCGCCAGGAGGCAGAAAUAGCCCGGCAGCAGAUGGCUACCUUCAACCAGGCCUUCCUUGGUGUCCUUGGGCAGCUUGUUCAAGUGCUGGGAGGCAGUCUUGAUCCCAGGUCACCACCCAGGCAGUAG